GAUUUCAUACUAGACCUUUGUAAGCAUCUGCUUAGUCACAUUCUCUCUAGACAGGAAGAUAAGACAUUCUCCCUAGACAAAAUUCACAGCCUUCACAUAAGAAAGGACAGAUUGUAUAAACACAAGGUAUUGUAUGUUAAUUACACAACAUACAAUGUUUGGAGAGCCUAG